UCGAAAAUCAGUGUCGCGAUAGACCGUAUCUCGCAAGAAUCGCCGUUCAAGUGUUUCCAUAGGCAAUACGUGUGCUAUCGGUGUCACGUAUCAUUGAGCGGAAAAGUUUUUUAAGUACUACUCCUCGCGCUCUAUCGGUAAAUCGUUUCCCGAACAAUCGCGAACCGUUGCCACAACGACAGAAACGGCUAGCCCGUGUUUCCGCUCUGCCUUUGACCGAAGAUCAGAAAAAUGUCUCGCAUUGAAACGUCGAUGCGUUGUCUCGCGUUGCUGCGAUCGCCGUUAUGUUCGGCGAAUAGUCGCUGCGCGCACACCGACUUGCCGAAAGUCAACUUUCAAGAAUAUCGUAGGAAAAAAUUAAAAGACCCGAACGUAUCAGCGAGGAAAAGCAUCGACGAACGAAGAGCCGCAACUUAUGCGGCAUCUUUCGUUGGUAGCGUCGCUGGAAUGUACGGAUUCAAAUCUCACUUGUUGCAUUAUGUCAUGUUUAUGGCCCCUUCGCGAGAAGUUCUCGCGGAAGCGCAAAUAGAAAUUAGUUUGCAAGGCAUAACUGUUGGAAAAGUGUCGGUUCUCAAGUGGCGGGGAAAACCAAUCUUCGUUUAUCACCGUCCACAGUCGAUGAUCGAUCAAGAGCAACAGGUAAAUGUCUCGGAGCUGAGAGAUCCUCAAUCGGACGAUGAAAGAACGAAAAAACCAGAAUGGUUGAUCGUAGUGGGCAUUUGUACGCAUCUCGGCUGCGUACCCGUCCCCAAUGCCGGUAUCAUACCCGGUGGUUUUUUUUGUCCGUGCCACGGUUCCCAUUUCGAUGCAUCUGGACGCAUACGCAAGGGACCAGCGCCCACGAACAUGGAAAUACCCGAAUACAGAUUCCUCGAUGACGACACGGUCCUCGUCGGUUGAUUUCCUCUUUCGUCUUUCUUCCUCGCACUCUUCCUUUCAACGCUUUUCUUUUAUAUUCCUUUACAACUUAUAAUUUUAUAACGUUCCAUUCUCGCUGUUUUAUCUUUUCGAAUUUAUUCAUUCUCUACGAAGUUAUUCAGCGCCCCCUUAACCGUAAAUUUAUACGCGCGAAACGAUACACGAUAGAAUCGAUCUCGUUUUCUUUUUUUUUCUUUACUGACGCAGUUCUCGUCCUCGCCACACUCGAUGUUGUCGACCAAGAAAUAACCUU